UCUUCUUCCUUAUCUCUCGGAAAAGCCAAGAAGAAGUAAGGGAUGGAUCGUGUGGUCUUAUUCUUCCUCAUCGCAGCCGCGUUACUAGCAGUUUCUCUCGGAUCCGGCGAAGGUUUCGAUAAUCCGAUCAGGCAAGUCGUCCCGGAGGAGAACCAUGAACUCCUCAACGCAGAGCAUCACUUCUCUCUGUUCAAAUCCAAGUACCAGAAGACUUACGCUACUCAGGAAGAGCACGAUCAUCGCCUCCGUGUGUUCAAGGCUAACCUAAGGCGAGCUAGACGUAACCAGCUUCUGGAUCCGUCUGCUGUUCACGGCGUCACGCAGUUCUCAGAUCUUACUCCCAAGGAGUUCAGCCGCCAGUUGAUGGGGCUGAAACGCCGCAAGUUUCGUCUUCCUACUGACACUGAGACGGCGCCGAUUCUUCCGACUACCGAUCUCCCCACGGAGUUCGAUUGGCGUGAACAAGGAGCCGUCACUCCUGUUAAAAACCAGGGUAUGUGUGGUUCAUGCUGGUCGUUUAGUGCCACUGGAGCUCUUGAAGGAGCUCAUUUUCUAGCGACUAAAGAGCUUGUUAGCCUCAGUGAGCAGCAGCUUAUAGAUUGUGACCAUGAGUGUGAUCCAGCACAAGCCAAUUCAUGUGACUCUGGUUGUAGUGGAGGACUAAUGAACAACGCUUUUGAGUACACUCUCAAAGCUGGUGGUCUUAUGAAGGAAGAAGAAUAUCCUUAUACAGGACGUGAUCAUUCCGCCUGCAAGUUCGACAAGAGCAAGAUCGCUGCCAGCGUGUUUAACUUCAGCGUUGUCUCUGCUGAUGAAGAUCAGAUCGCUGCUAAUCUAGUCAAGCACGGACCUCUAGCUAUUGCUAUCAAUGCGAUGUGGAUGCAAACAUACAUAGGAGGAGUCUCGUGCCCAUAUGUAUGUUCAAAGAGCCAAGACCAUGGAGUGCUCUUGGUUGGGUUUGGUUCGGCGGGUUAUGCACCAAUCCGUCUUAAGGAGAAGCCUUAUUGGAUUAUCAAGAACUCGUGGGGAUCGAUGUGGGGAGAGCAUGGUUACUACAAAAUAUGCAGAGGACCUCACAAUGUGUGUGGUAUGGACUCAAUGGUAUCUACUGUUGCUGCUGUUCAUACCACAACCAAGUAGAAUUAUUAGGACACAACUGGAUUUUACAUGUCCUUGUGUAUAUAAAUAUGUAUGUAUGGAUGGAUGCAUAAACAAAACUAUGAACUGUUAUUGUUAGUAUUGUCUCUCUGUUUCAGCUUUAAUGUAAAAUAGCUUGGGUAUAUUAUCUUUGUAGCAUCGAAUGCUGAAGGUAAUACUGAUUACCAACAUAUUAAAAGUUGGGAAUAAUAGAAAUCUUAUGUUUUAUAUUA